AGGAAGUGCCAGACCAUAGAGUUAGAGGCACUCUCAGAGACACUAACCUCUUGAAAAAUCUUGUCCAUCUGAGCAGUGACUUCUGUGGUGUCUUGAAAGCGGGGACAGAUCACGACGGUUGUCUUGGGAGAGCAGGCUCUGAUGGGAGCAAGACUGCCCAGGAUGUCCAGCUGCCUGCCAAAUCUGGCCACGGUGGUGCCGAGCCACGGGCUCAGGGCUCUGUUUAUCCUCACCACUUCAUUUGUGUUCUUUGCCGCUGUCACGUUCUACUGGAGAACUGGGGAGGACGCUGAGGGCCAGCUCUACAGCUUGCCUACACAAAGCAGGUGUGCUCAGUUUUUGCCUUCUCCUCCCAGUGCCGUUGCUGGUGGGCCCCCUCCCCCUCCAGGGGAUGUGUUUUUUGUGGAGACCUCGGAGCGAACUAACCCAAGUUACCUGUUCACGUGCUCUGUGGAGUCAGCGGCCCGGAUGCACCCCGGGACAAGGGUUGUGGUGCUCAUGAAAGGCUUGGCGAACGGUAAUGCCUCAUUACCCAACCACUGGGCAUUCUCGAUGCUGAGCUGCUUCCCCAAUGUGGAAAUCCAGCCCCUGGACUUGCCGGAGCUUUUCUCAGGGACGCCUCUGGCAAAGUGGUACUUGCAGUCUGAGCACCAGAAGGAACCUUAUUUCUUACCCGUCCUGUCUGAUGCCUGCAGAAUUGCCAUCAUGUGGAAAUUUGGUGGCAUCUACCUGGACACAGACUUCAUAGUGCUUAGGAACUUGAAGAACCUCACCAAUGCCCUCGGCAUCGAGUGCAAGUAUUUACUGAACGGGGCCUUUCUGUCCUUUAAGCCCAAACACAAGUUCAUGGAGCUUUGCAUGCAGGACUUUGUGGAUAACUACAAUGGCUUGAUCUGGGGGCACCAGGGCCCACAUCUCCUAACGCGUGUCUUCAAGAAGUGGUGCUCCAUCAGUAAUGUCCAGGACAACAUGAGCUGCAAAGGGGUGCGUGCUCUUUCCCCAGAAGCCUUUUAUCCUAUCUGCUGGGAGAACUGGAACAAGUUAUUUGACACAAUCAGCUCCUUGGAGCUUCACAAGCUCCUUAAGAACACCUACGCGGUGCACGUAUGGAACAAACUGAGCCACGGGACAAGGCUAGAGAUCACGUCCCAGGCUUUGCUGGCUCAGCUGUAUUCUCAGUUCUGCCCUGCCACAUGUGCGAAGAUGAAGAAGGACUCUGAAGAGCAGUCAAGGCCUGUAGUGUGACCUGUGGGCCCUUGGCUGCAGGGAAGUUCCGCAGCCUGAAGGAAACCGAGUGCCUUUCACCUUCCACGGAGCAAGUAUUCUGUGUGACAUUUCAGUGAUUUUGUACCAUUUCCAAGAUCUGCCUCAGAUCCUACGUGCUUCAAGUAUACACUGGAACCUGAGUUUGGACUCUCUUGUUGUCCUUCAGUAGCCCUUGAUGCUGCAGGGAAGGGUGAACGUGUUCAUCGGUGCCUAUCAGUUGCUCCUCUGUUGCUGUUCUCUCAAUUGUAUCAGGCCUGAAAUGCCUCUCGUGUACUUUCAACAGCUGUAGGAACCCUUGGCUUGCUCUCUGUAACGUUUGCAAGUAUGUAAAUAAAUGCCAGCCAGUGCUAUAGGACACGGUUUAGAGGAGCUUAGGACCAAAUUCCCCGGGUGGUAAAGAUUCUUAGGGCUGGUGAAGUUUUGGGAGCGACUGCGAGUAUAUGAAGGUUGCUUUAAGAAACAGAAAACAUUUUAAAUCCCUGCUCGGCUCAGUGUAAAGUUUUUCUUGUUUUCCAAAGGUACUUUAUUUCAAACGAUCUUGUCUACUGUUUUACAUUCCGCAGCGACAGGCUGACUUUUCUGGUCCUCUUCAGGAAAAGAAAUAGCCAAAAGCAGUUCUUUUACCAGUGUGAGUAAAGAUCCUUGCUUUGUUGUAGAAAUUCUGGUGACGUGUGAGUAUCUAACCAGUCCUUCUCAC